UCGCCAAUAAAAAGUAGGAAGAAGAAGACCGACACGUCACUUCUCAGCACAGACCGUUAACUUUCCAGCAAUGGACAAGUUGCAGAAUGAUCCACAAUCGUCCUGUAAACCAAAGGUUUACAGGAUUCCUGCUCUUUUGUCCGUGGAUGAAACUCUUCUGACCUUUGCUGAGCGGAGAACAGAAAAAGCCGAUCAUAUGGCGGAGGAGCUGGCUAUGAAAAAGGGAGCGCUGCAGAGGGAAACCAACAGAGUUACAGUUGAGUGGACUGAGCAGAAAAUUGUGGAAGAAGCGCACAUUGAUGGCUACCGCACUAUGAAUCCCUGUCCAGUGUACGACAGGACAAACGGGAAGCUCUUCUUGUUUUUCAUCUGCGUAGAAGGAAACUGCACAGAAUGGUGGCAAAUUGGCAAUUACUGCAACAAAACCCGGCUCUGCUACGUCACGAGUGAUGAUCUUGGAGAAACCUGGAGUGGACUGACUGAUCUGACUGAACAUCUACAUAGUGACUGGGUGACCUUUGCAAUUGGGCCAGGUCAUGGUCUUCAAACAGAGAGUGGUAGAUUGAUGAUUCCAGCUUAUGCUUAUGUUGGUGUAAGUCCUGCUAAGCCUAUUCCACAUGCUGUCUCCCUGUAUAGCGACGAUUCUGGGGUAAACUGGCAGUUUGGCACUUUGUUUGAUAGACAAUCAAUAGAGUGUCAAAUGGCUGAGGUUUGUGAUGCGAAUGGCAGAUACAUCUAUUGCAAUGCCCGCAGUAGCGAAGGGCAUCGGGUGGAAGCGUCCAGUGACAGUAAAGGACAAAUAUUUGCAAUACACAGUGACAAAAAGCUUGUGGAAACAGGUUGUGGCUGUCAGGGAAGUGUGGUCUCCUUCCCAGCCCAAAACAAAGACUCGGCAGCAGCAGCAGGCGAUGCAACCCACUGGCUUUUAUACACACACCCGAGCCAUAAAAGAAAACGACUCGAUUUGGGUGUGUUUCUGAACAAAUCCCCAUCCGAUCCAAAUGCAUGGAGUGAACCCUGGAUCCUUUACAGGGGCCCCAGUGGUUACUCUGACCUGGCUUACCUUGGUGACGGCUGGUUUGCGUGUUUGUUUGAAUGUGGGAAGGAAGAGGAAACUGAGCAGAUUGCUUUAAAAAUGUUCAACUUAAAUGAAAUGGAGGGAGACGCACAAGAAAGUCACACCUCCACAUCGCAGCAACCCACUAAGCCCAUCGGAAGUGAAAUAAUUACUUGCUUUGCCUAAUUAAAUGAAAAUCCUAUACUUCAGUUUUGACAAAUGGACCAUUUUUGAAAGGUUGACCAAAAAUCUUUAACGAUAAAUGAACAAAAUCAAAUGAUAUGAUUUCAGUUUACAUGAAACAAUUGUCUACAUAAAAUGUUUUUUUUUUCCUUGUAGCUUGUAUUGAGCAUGAGGUGUGUUUCCAACAUUAACAUUUUUAAUACUAAUUCUUAAUGCUUUUCUGACAUUGAUAAAAUAUAGUGUAAUCUUUUUUUGUCAUCUUUAUCUACUUCUGUAAUCUUUUUGGUUAUAUUUCCUUCGCAUAACUGAAAUAAAAAAAAAGUGCAUUAAAUU